GUGUGCUGCAGUGUCACUGGUUGGGGUGUGAGCUGCAUGCAAGGACGGAAGAGGUUACACUCUGCUGGGAACUGGGAUAACAGGCCUCAGAGAUGACUUCUGUUCCCAGUGAAUGGAUUGGGAGUGUUUACCUCUUCAUGUCGUCUGAUUCUACGUCUCUGCGUGCUCAGUAUGACACCAGUAAAUCCUUGAUAUACAAGGCACUCCGGAAUGCCUUGUCAGCGUUCUCCAGAAAUUCCAUCAACUCUCUCGAGAUCCUGAAGGUUCUUCAAGGUGACCCACAUCUGAUUCUCCACCUCAAGUUCAAUGGAAAAGACAACUGUCUAGAGUUCCUUCGAGAUUACCGGGAGAGGAGAGUUCACCAUCAUGUACAAGAGCAGCUGAGACGUUGCUUGAGCUUGGAUUCUCUACAAGUCUUCCUGGAGCUCAAAGUUGACAACAAGAAACUUGACCUGAUCCUCGAUGAGGAGGAAAAAUGUCUGAAUCAUAUUUACUCAUUAAAGCCAAGUUACGUCAAGGAUGAAGACCUUGUUGAGCUGGAAACAAACUUCAUAAAUUUAUCUCUGGGAUCUAGCCACUCAACUCAGAACAGCAUCUCUCCUACCUCUCCUGUAGAGAACUCAACUCAGGUCUCUCCACCCCUCUCCCUCUGCUCAUCCUCAUCAGAACCAAGCACAUUCCCUUUUCAAGGACGCGACUAUGCUGACAAACCACUGACUUCAGAACACCAACAGCGGUUUGCCAAUUUGGUCGGCAGGUCUUGGAAGAAGGUGGGGCGGUCAUUGAAGAAAAACUGCCGGGCUCUGGAAGACCCUGUAAUAGACAACAUAGCAUACGAACAUGAUAAGGAAGGUCUUUAUGAACAGGCCUAUCAGUUAUUGCGACGUUUUAUGGAUGGUGAGGGUAAGAAGGCUACACUGAAAAGACUGGUGGAUGCACUCGUGGAAUGCGAACUGAAUGUAAUAGCUGAAAAACUGCUGUCUAUGGAAGACAUAUGAUUGGACUAAGUGUCUCUAGAAGGACCCUACACGGUUUACUUUACAGUUUUCUCAGAUGUUUAGAAGGUGAUCUGGAGACCAACCCUCCUUUUUAUGUUGUACUACACCAUUGUGUAGUGU